UUUCUUGAGAACGUGGGGAAAAUAGCUGAAUCGGGAGGCAUUAUGUCAACGCAGUGAUUUAAAAUUAGGAAUACUUUCCGGGCCCUGUGCUGCCUAGUGUUAUGACAAAUAACGGAAGAACAUCUGGCUGAUGCAAACAGAUGUUUUUCUUUUCAGGCUGUCAUGAAGCGUAGUCUUCCCGAGGUUUGCACGGUGGGGUGGAGGGCCCAAAGCUUUUAUAGGACAAAGACUGAAGGAGAAGUGAGAGAGAGAAAAUGUCGGGUUGGCUGGGGCCACGUAGGCAACCUUGUGUAGGUUGAGAAGGCCCAGAGUUGGCUUGGCGAUGGGGAUUCGGCCGAAGGGAACGUUCACGGGAUGGCAGAGCUUUGUUUUUGUUUGCUGAUGUGCAAUCCUGGCCUGGUAAGGUGCCCAAGGACCUGGACAAUUGCCCUUCUCACUACCUAGCUAUUAAAUUAUCUUGCUUAACUGAAACUACAUAACUUGUUUCGUGCAGCCAAGUUUCCAGCCAUAAGAACGACAAAAGCUGUUCAACUUACGUUUGGAAAGUGUUGUAGAAUUUUUUUUUUUUUUUUUUUUGAGCUUCAGUAAUCCUUUUAUUGCUACACACGAGGUCACAAAUGUAGGGGAUCAAAACCACAGAUUACCUAAAUUACUUACACGUUGAAAAGACUGAUCAGGGCUUUGAGAGAAAAUCUGCAUUGAUCCGCCUUUUCCCUCACUUCCUCAUCUGAGAGCCUACGGUUUACCAGCUAACGCUCUAGAUGCUAGAGGGAUAGAGAUAAAAUGGAUAUGCUCUGUGAAGACCUGUAACUCUCUUGGAAGAACUGAGUGCACACGGUCAGUGGAGCACAGGCAGUGAUCGUCGUUCCCAUAGGAGAAACCAGCUUGCAGAGAGGAAUGGAGUCCCAACAGGAAAUGGCAGCCUGUCUUUUGAAGACAUCAUCUAUGUCUAUAAGGACAAAAUUGCUACAUCAGACGGGAUUGUCACUUUAUAAUACAUCUCAUGGCUUCCAUGAGGAGGAAGUAAAAAAAAAACUUCAGCAGUUUCCUGGUGGAUCCAUUGACCUUCAGAAGGAUGACAAUGGCAUUGGCAUUCUUACUCUGAACAAUCCCAGUAAAAGGAAUGCCUUCUCGGGUGUUAUGAUGCUACAACUUUUGGAAAAAGUGACUGAAUUGGAAAAUUGGACAGAGGGGAAAGGUCUCAUCGUUCGUGGAGCAAAAAAUACAUUCUCCUCAGGAUCGGAUCUGAAUGCUGUGAAAGCACUAGGAACUCCGGAGGAUGGAGUGGCCUUAUGUAUGUUCAUGCAAAACACCUUAACAAGAUUGAUGAGACUUCCUUUAAUAAGUGUUGCACUGGUUCAAGGUUGGGCAUUGGGUGGAGGAGCAGAGUUUAUUACAGCAUGUGAUUUCAGAUUAAUGACGAGAGAGAGUGUGAUCAGAUUUGUUCACAAGGAGAUGGGUAUAAUACCCAGCUGGGGCGGAGCUACCCGACUGGCUGAAAUUAUUGGCAGUAAACAAGCUCUCAAAGUGUUAAGUGGGGCCCUCAAACUGGAUUCAAAACUAGCUUUAAACCUAGGAAUGGUCGAUGAGGUCUUGCAGUCUUCAGAUGAAACCGAGAGUCUAAAAGAGGCACAAGAAUGGCUGAAUCAGUUUAUCCAAGGGCCACCGGAAGUAAUCAGAGCUUUGAAAAAAACCGUUUCUUCAGGCAAAGAGCUUUGUUUCCAGGAGGCAUUACAGACCGAAAGAGAUCUUGUAGGAACACUUUGGGGUGGACCAGCAAAUUUGGAGGCCAUUGCUAGGAAAGGAAAAUUUUGUAAAUAGCAGCUUUUAAAUAUGGUGUACUACAACUCCAAUUUAAUGUGUAGAAAAGUUAAAUACUGAGCGUGUCAGUUACUUUGAAGGGUAUCACUAGCAUUUGGGUUUGUUUUUAAUCAUUUUUUGAAUACCUAAACUCACUGUAAUCCCCCCUUACCUGCAGGGAAUAGGUUCCUUGACCCCCAGCGGAUGUCUGAAACUGGAUAGUACUGAAUCCUGUGAUGCUUACAUACCUAUGAUAAAGUGUAAUUUAUAAAUUAGGCACAAUAAGAGAUUAAUACAAUAACUAAUAAACAAUACUAUACUAUAAUAAAAGUUACAUGAAUGUGGUCUUUUUCAAAAAAUUUUAUUGUACAAUACUCACCUUUGCACUUAAGCGAAGCACUUCAUUGCCUCUUCGGCAUAUCCAAAUUGCCAGCAUCACUAUUCUGGCACUUUGGGGCCAUUAUUAAGUAAAAUAAGGUUUUCUUGAACACCAGCACUGGGAUCCUGCGAGUCUGAUAACUGAGAUGGCUACUAAGUGACCAACAGGCAGGUAGAGUACACAGUGCAGAUAUGCUGGACAAAAGGAUUCAAAUUGAAAAGGAUGGAUCAGGUCAAUCCGAGAUUUCAUCGCACCAAGAACAGCGUGCAAUUUAAAACUUACGGUUUAUUUCUGGAAUUUUCCACUUAAUAUUUUCAGACUGCAGUUAACUGGAUAGCUGAAAACUCAGAAAGUGAAAGCACAGAUGGGGGAGGAGACUACUGUAAUUGGGUAUUUACCAAGUAAACCUGCAACAUUUGGCUAAAAUAUACAAUACUUUUGGCUUAAAAAUUACUAUCAAUUCCCCUGUUCCCUUAAUGGUUCUUAGCCUAUAACCGAAGGCCAAUUUUUAAAAGGAAAAACUACACAAAACCUAUUGAUGGUGUUAUUUUCAGUAAGUCUUUAUUCUGUCUUACCUGGAAAUAAUUUUUAAAAAUACUUAAUGAAAUUUGUGUACCCUGUAAUUUACUACUGUUUGUGUCAUAAAAUCUAACUUUAGAUGGAAACUAAGACUUCAAAGGACUCAGAAGCAUUCUGUAAUCUACAUUUGCGUUUUACAGCAGAUUUCUAUUUUUUUCUGGAAAAGUAGCUAGCCUUUCUUCUUUUAUAACUGAAUUUAAUAAAACUAUACAACUCA